AAGUGAAAAUUACUUGACUAAUUGUUAUUAUUAUUUGGUUUGAUACCAUUCCUAUUUUACAUGAUUUGAUUUUUUUUCUUAGAAAAAUAUGAAUGAGUCUUACAAAUUUUAAUGAGGCACAGUAACCAAAAAAGUGUUUGUUUUUUAAUUUUGUAGUUGAGAUUUUCCAGAGGUAAGAGAUUCCUGAACGGAAAGACAGCUGGCUGGGGUUGGUGGGGCGGGAGCGCAGUCCCUAGUUAACAGAGGGUGUGGUAGGUGCCCAACAGGAAAUGCUGAGUCAUCAUGUUCCUACCUUAUACAAAGGAGCCCAGACACCACUUCCUGUUGAUUUUCAUGUGACUGACCUUGCCCAGUGACAACUUUCAUGGUUCCUGGCCCAGCUGCUAUGUUGUCUGGUUCCUAGUGCCCUGUUUUAAUGAUUUUCAACUCCUUAAUGUUUUGCUAUAUGUAAUUAUAGCAGUCAUUCCCUACAUGCCCUGUUUUUUGCUUAAUAUAAUAUUCCAAACUGAGCUUGUGCCCUAUUUCUGGUUCCAUAGUUAAUGCCCACGUCUUGGAUUGCUGUGAACUUGUGGGCUUGGUUCGGUAAGACCAACCAACCAAGACCACCUGGCUGGGUUUCAGUUAAUGAUAAUGAAUAUAAAUUGGCCCUUUUACAGUGCUAUGGAAGGUACCUUCAGCAGUUCCAUGUCAACUUUGAUGAGAAUAAAGCAGAUGUGAAUCAAUUCAAAACUGCCUUUUUUCCAAAAGGCCUUGGAGACAAAACUUCUGCUCAUACAUUUCACGCUUUAAGUGGCAAAAAUAUUUGCAGCUAUGAACUGGUCUGUGACAAUGAUGUGAACCUGCAGAAUAAAGAAUCUGUGACCCAAUGCCUGCAGAUUUUGUCCUCCUUAAGACUCAUCAUGCAGGUGGCUCUGCCACUGGAACACCUUUGCUGGAUUAUUUUCAACGGUACCAUUUACAUUUACACCAUUUGCAGAAAACUGAUGAUCAUAGGUCAGUCUUCCAAGGCCUUGGAAUACCUCCUGUGGGCCAGUAUGUGUAUGGAGUUCUCGGUCCCGCUCCUGUCUGUCAGGUACCUGACGUGGCGGGCUACUCUUUACACUGCUGUCUGCCAGUGCUAUUAUGACUGCCAAGCUGGCGUUCAUGCAGAGGCAUUUGCUCGGCGUGCUUUAGCUAAAAUUGAUGAGUUAAGGCAACUGGAAUUAAUGAGUUCCUCACAAUCGCAGGAAGAAUCCAGAAGAUACUAUAGAGAGGCCACCAUAAAGAUGGCAGUGAUGAUCUUCAAAAGAGGAGUAUUUGAAUCUAGAAGGAAACACAAAGGUUUGUUUAGACCAAAGAUAAGAGUGAACCUAAGAGAAGCUCAAACUUUGCCAUGGCCACGUACUGUCACGGAGCGGUUGUUGGAUGAGAUGUUUGAUAGCACCGCAUCCCGGUUUCUGGCUGUCUUAGAAGCUCUCUCUGAUUCAAAUAGGCGCACUCUACAAACUGGACCUAUUGUUACAGAUGAAGUAGAAGUUCGUGAUGUUGUCUCAGAACUGUUUAUGGCAGGAAAAGAACUUUUAAUAAUGUCAAAUACUGGUGCAGAUGGAAUGCUUGAUUUUCCACAAACAUCUCUUCUGCAACUUAUUAUAAAAGGAAAAAAUGUUAUUUCUAUAGAUGCUGCUGUGAAAUUUGUAAAACUAGCUUUUACUUAUGAGGAAUGGAGUUUAUUUGAAUCUUCAGCUGGGCAGCUUAUUGAUUUUCUCCAGAGGCAGGAUGAUCCAGAGUUAAAGAAAGCAGAAAAGGAUUUAAUUCUUCUAAUUGCAAUAGAACCUUUAAUCAAUGUAAAGGGAAACAAAGGUAUGGUCUUUCCCAUGGAAAACUACAAAGAAGGACAGUCAGCUCAAAUUUAUGUUAAAAAAAUCGGUUUUCAUGAUACUUGUAAGACUUAUGGAUAUUCAGAAGACAUUUUCCAUUUGGCAGCAACCCUGUACUCCUGUGUCUGUGCCUCUCCCCAGAAUGCUCAGCCUGAUAAAGAAAUCGUUGUGGACACAAUAAUGUUCCUAUGGCAGAAAUGCAAAUUAGGAAUUCAGAGGAUCAAUACGUCCAGAAAUGACUAUGCAAAAUUCAUCCAGAAAAUCAGUACUAAUAAAUGGGUUUAUCUUCUGUGGCAGAUAAAUGAAAUAAUUCACUGCUAUAAAAUGGAAGACAUUGACGUUGUGGUGGUGGCAGAGGUCACAUUACAAUUAAGUGAAAUAUUGGAGUCAUUAGGAAACCCACGAAAAAAAUUUAAAAAAUCUCUAGAGAUAUCUUUAAGGAAAGGGACUGGUGAAUUCCUUGAGACUUCAAAAGGGAGCCUGGAAAUUCUCCCAAUAUUGAAGAAAAAACCCAUGGAACAGUUAUUUUUGGCUUAUGAACUUCUUGACAAAGCAAUUGGUGGGAUAAAUUUGAAUUGCAAGUUAAGUACUUUGCCAAAUGGAUCAUCAGUGAUUGACCAUUGCUAUGCCAAGUAUACCCAGGAUACAGAUGGAGACAUCUGCAAACCAGUCACACCGAAUAGUUUCAUGAUGGAUUUACAUCUUGAACUAAUUCAAGCCCAGCACCGAAUAGCUGUUGUGCUUCUUGACCAAUUGCAAGGUAUUUUGCAGACUCCAGCUGCUAGCAAGCAUGUAUCUGCCAAAGAUCCAAAAAAGCUGAAACAAUCUAGAAGCAUUGACUGUUUUACAGAAUUAAGUGUAAUGAAUAAAAUAAAGAAGAAUAAGCUGUCCAAAGCGAUUUACUUGAUGCAGAAAGCUCUUCUAGUAUUUGAAAAAGAUGCAGCCUCUACAUGUUCACACAACUUUUUGAUGGAAGCAUAUUCUUUAAUUGAGAAGAUUGAAACAGAACAAAAUGCCCUAUAUUCAUAUCAAAAAUAUGUGGAGAGUUCGAAAAGAAAGAAAAGCAGAAUCCCUCCCCCACCUAUCCUGCUAUCCCGAACUCAUUGUUCUGUGACAUUGAAACCUGCUCCAUUUAUUUCAGAUGUUAAGGUCUCCUGGUACUGCAUUUUGGGUUGCAAAGCAGAAGGAAGCUAUGGAAAAGUAAGGCUAAACAAUAAUCAUCUCCCAAACUCAGGAGAAGCGAUACCAGCUGAUGGUAAAAGCAUUUUUGAAGUGAAAGGUUUAGAAACAAAUGAAAAAUAUGUCUUUGCAAUUGCUGCUUAUUCUUCUAACGGGAAGCUUAUUGGUGAUGCCAUUGGGGAGACAACUAAACCAAUUCUGGUUUAUCCACCUCUUUCUGCUGUUACUACUCGGAUGUUCUUGACGCAGGUUGCCUAUCAGAUUGGUAACUAUGAGUUGGCUAAGAAGGUUUUCUCACCAGUUUGGGAUUAUUUUGUUGCUUCGCCACAUCAUGAUGAACAAUCUGUUAUUUGCUUAAGCAAUAUAAUGACUAUUACACAGAGAAGAUUACAUUCAGAUAUUUUGGCAGAGACUUCUUCAAUCCUCUUAUACCUUUUUCUUAGAAAUAUUUUUGUAACAAGUGACAUUAAAAUUAAAGAAGAAAAUCUUUUCUGUGAUAAUAUUAAAGGCAAUGAGAUUUUCCCCUCUCAACAAAUUGCUAGAUUAAUUGAAUGUGAGAGAAUAUUAGUGGCAUUGGACCUUAGCAACUACCUAAAUGAUUCCAGUUAUGCCCUUCAAGCUGUGACUCAGUGUUAUGGCCUCCUUGCUCCUAUAAUCUACCACAAUGUUGUUUUGGUACCUGUUGUACAGAUCUUGAUAAAGUGUGUGGUGGUUUUGCAGGGACUACCAAACAUUGUCUACUCAAAGAAACAUUUUGCAAGUUUUGAAAGUGUACAGCACAUGAUAGCUUGUUGUGUCUUCUACUUAACAAAGAUUCUGCGUUCAUGGAAAGAAUAUGACCUGGCAGUUAUGAUUAUAAAUUAUGGAAAAAAGAUGUUAGACAUCACAUCAGGGUGCAAAUCUCUGUUUGGUGUGACUGACCAAGAAGAAACACAAGAGGAGGGUUCUUCUAAGAAGUCUUACAAGCCUAAGAAGCCACAGCAGAUAUUAUUACCUGAAAAAAUAAAUGAACAGCUGGCCUUGUUGGAGACCCACCUACUCAAACUGACGAAGCAACAUGUUACAACUGAACUCUCAGGAACAGAGGACCCUGUAUUUCUUUACCCUAUUGUUUUAAACUGGUCGGUCAAAGGUGCUGUGAAAGAAGUUAUGAAAUUUAAGCAGAGACCUAGAUUCCUAGAAUUCUUUACACAAGUUAUGCUAAAAUGUAUGAACGAUGAAAAAUUUCAUCUUAUGGUGGAGAUAACAAAUCCUGUUUAUGACUUCUUAAAAAGGAGGAAUGAAUCCCUACUUGGAAUUAAAAGAACAAAAUAUAAAGACAAUAUUUUGUGUAAAAAGACAGGCAAACCUUUGAAGAAGUUCAAAGCUGCAGUAAUGGAGAUUGGAAGAACUAUAGAAAUGAUGCCAAGAAAAAGAAGUAAAAGAAAGGAAACUCUAAGAGAAUUUUUUUCUAAAAAUCCAUCUAUUGCUGAAAUGAUGGAACAUGAAAGAAAUAAGAGAACUGAUGUUAGAAAACUUGCCUAUCGAUCCCUGGUGGAGAACUUGAAUCCUAUAAUAUUAAAUUUUGUGAAAAGGAAGAGGUUCCAUCAACUAUUUCUUGAGGAGAUGCCCUGGAGAGCUCAGAUGAACCUGUAUCUGGCAAGUGCACACUUCUCCCUGCUUUUAACGAAACUAGCGGAACGAACGAAGAUGAAAUUUGGCACUUCACACACAGUGGUCAGUUUCCGAUCAUGUGAUCCUAAUAUGUUCUCACUAUAUAAUUCUGGAACAGUAUUACCAACAGUGAAAUUGACUUUAGAAAACUAUAAAGCAAUACUUGAUUUCCUUCAUACAGCUAAAAAAAGAAAGGCCAACUUACCAUCAGAUGCUGAAGAAUUUUCCACAUUUAUUAAUUCCAGAAUGAGUGGUGAAAAUGUGUCAAAGACACAAACAGUUUAUGACUCAGACUCUCAGUCAGGUCUUAGUACUAAAGAAAAGGAUCGAGCAGCAAAUUUGGGUCUAUUGGAUCAUUUUAUGAAAAUCUUUUUAUAUUGCAGGAGAGCAAUGGUUCUUGCUCAUCGUGGAGGCUAUUGGACUCUGCUUCAGAAUAGCUGUAGGACCUUUUGGAACUUUACUCAGGAGCUACAGAUACUUCUUAAACAAGCAGUGGAUCUGUAUAAAACAUUUCCUGUUAGCCAGGAUGGUUUCCUCUGUACCUGUGUUUUGCCAUUCUAUUUGGGAGCAGAAUUACUUAUUGACAUGUUAAUAGAACUGCAAAAUACCAAUUCUAUUAAGGUUAUUGAAGAAAAAGGAGAGUUCAGUGUUCCAAGCUGCUAUGGAAAUAUUAAAAAUGAUAAUGGUGGUUCUAGCCUUAAUUUUGAGGAUCCGUUGGAUGAUGUAAAUGUGGUUGAUUUGAAAUGGAUCCAUGACUUUGUGUUAAAGUCUCUGGAGGUUUUAUAUCAAGUGGAAAAAUGGGAGACACUAGUAUCACUUGCCAUCCAGUUCAAUACAAUUUCACAUGAGAGAUACACAGAGCAAGUGACACCGCUCCUGAUAUAUGCACAGCGCCAGCUUCUUCUAAGAAUAUCCAAGUUCAAUGGCCCAGAUGUUACUCAACAACCUUGUGCAAGAUAUGAAGCUGAAUAUGAAGAGAAGAUAACCUGCCGAAAUUUCAUUGGGAAGCAGCUCAAGAUUAAUCCUCCAACAAGUGAAGAGAAAGAUACAGGAAGCUGCACAGAUUUCUGUAAAAAGCUUAUCUAUUCAGAAUAUAGCCACGCCAAAGAGCUCAUCUGUGUGCCCGUGGACGUGACAGACACUUUGCGAUGUUUUAGACAGACUUUGGAAAAAUCCAAAUAUGAUAGCAGAUCAAUCCGACACAGCAGAAAAUUGCUUUCGUUAUUCCUUGCACAGACACAAGGAGAUAAAGGAGGAAUAAACAAUGAGAAAUUUACCACUGGAAAGGUGGAGUUUUGCCUGGGGACAGAAGAGAUGCAUAUGCCAACACCCCCUGACCUCUCUCAGGAACACUUUAGAGUUUUCAGUUCAGUGGAAAAAAGUAAACUUCCCUAUUCACAACUCGGACUCGUAAUUUCCUCUUAUUAUGAAACUAUUGAUGUUCUCCAAGCCUGCAAUAAAAGAAGUCUUAAAGUUCAGGCAUUGCAUGAACUGGGAAGCCUUCUCAUCUUUGCUGAAAAGAAAAGGGCUGCUUUUAAAUGUUGGUGCCAAGCUCUUGAUGACAUAUUCAGAAAACAAGAUGUGCUGCAUACAUGGAAAGAGUUUGGUAGCUCGCUCACCAAUGCUACCAAUAGCUAUUUACCUCCAGGUUCCAAAGAUUAUAGUGAGGAAUUUCUGUCAAAUGUUGGCAUUUGGGGAUGUUUGCAAGGAGCGGUUAUAUCAGCAAAGAUAGCUCAAUUUAUUAAGAUCUCAGAGGUUGACGAGAGAACCAACUGUUGCAUUUUGUCUGCAUUACUCUUUCAGGGUUUGCUUAGAACCACACUUCCACACCCCAAAGCGGAACGUUGCUAUGCUCAGUAUGAAAUCACUCAGCUUCUCCCAGGCAUCGAGCUCUUCUCGGACAGAUACAGGGCCGACAUUUGCUCUGUAGUUGCAAGUCUGUAUUACGUUAUACGUGAACUGCACUUUGCUAAGCAAAAUCUAAUAAUUCUGCCUCUCCUUGCAUUGUAUCAGUAUUUUGUUUCUGGAAUUUGCCAAGACCUAGUCAGAAAUCUAGAAGCAAGGAUCCUCAAGAUAGAAGUCCUUACAGAUUUAGGAUUUUUUUCUGAAGCCUUUUAUGAGAUAUCCCAGAUUUUUUAUGGAAAAAACAUGCCUUCCUCAAUACCUGCAGGCUGUAAAGCUACUGGAAAAGUGAAGAUAUUUCAAUCAUUUGACUCAGGAAAACCUCUUACUAGUAAAGAAAAUUUACAGGCACUUGAUGAAUUAAUAAGUAAAGGAUUGCCUCUAAUUCUGGUUACAGUUGGCCAACCACAUCUCCUAAAUAAGUUUUCUUUCAUUAAAGCCUACUUUUUAAUAAGUGUGGCUGCAACAAUAAAUUGUGUCCCAGAAAAUUCAAUGAAAACAAUCUACCAUGGACUUGUUUCUGAGAAGAGUAGAGCAAACUUUCAAAACUUGAAAGAAUUAUGUUUAAAGGACGAGGGAAUCUCAUUUGGUCAGUUUGCAAAAAUUAAAGAUGACUUCACACUUAGCACAAUAAAGUCAGCUUUACUGACAGAAGCUGAGGACAGGCUAAACUUCCUUGUGUCAGAGAUGGAGCAUCCAGGCCACAAGGACCUGUCCCAGUGUUCUGCUGGUGAGUUGGAGAUUGUGGUAGAGGCCAGGCUUCAGCUGGCUGCAAUUGCCCUGCAAAGACACCGGGCCGCAUACAGUGCUGCAAUAGUAUUUUCUACGCUUAGACUUCUCCAGGAUUCAAAACUUUUUAAAAAGAAGGUAGUACAAGAUGACACAGAGAAUUCCAUCUCUCUGGGAGCUUCUGCCACUGAAAAUAAAGAUGAUGGUGAGUUUCUAGAUCCUACUUCCCUAAAUUCUCGAGAACAUUUCAACAUCCAUCUGUGGUUGAGAUGCCGCCUAGCAUUGGUGACCGCCUUUGUUGCACAGAUUCACGGCGUUGGAAUUGUGACAGAAAACAAUAUGACAGAUUACGUCAGCCUCAUCAACGAAGGGUGCAUGGAAGCAAAAAGUGCAGGCGACAGGGAGCUACAAGCUGAAUUCUUGAUGCAAGCUGUAAUCAUUGGCCUACAAGAAAAGCAUUUAAAGGCAGACAUCAUAACAAACCUUCAGGCUGUAAUACAUUUGCUUGAAGAAAGUGAAUUUAUUUCCCCUCGAUCUCAUUUAACCCUGGUGAGAAGCAUGCUUUUGCUGGAUGACUUAACAAAAGCUGAGAAAUUCAAGGAAACUCCUUCUUCAAAAACAGAAAAAAUAUGUUUGUUGACUCAGGCUCACAACAUUCUUAUUGAACAGAUGCUAACUUUCGGAGAAACGAUUGAAUUUCCUUUAUCAAACACUGACUCUGCAAGUCCAUCGCAGCCUUUGAAAAAUAUCUAUCUUCCCCAUGUCAUGUUAUUGGCCAAAACAAAAAUGAGGAUUGGACAUACAGUGGCCAAACAAGUCUAUUAUACCAGUAAAAAGAAGGAUCCCUCAAAGUGGUUACCUGCCCUUCAUCUUUUUGAAAUGGCACGGAAGCUCUGUAAGGUAGCAGCAGCAGCAGAACAUGAGGUAGAGGCAGAAAUUCUUUUUCAGAAAGGCAAAAUAGAACGUCAAAUAUUGAUGGAAGAGAAAUCUCCAAGUUCACAACUUGAGAGUUUAUUUGAAGCUGUACAACUAAGCUUGAGAAAUGAUCAAAACUCGGGGUUGAUAAGAGACUCCUACUUAGAAAUGGCCUUAUUAUUUUUACAUAUGAGGAAGCCAAAAAACAAUCUUUCAACACCACCAUUAACACUUAAGACUCCUACCAGAAGGCAUAGUUCUAUUAAAGAACCAACAGUAAAUAGAUUUGAAAUGUACAGUUCACUGGCCUGGACUGUGAUAAGAGCUGCUGCCCAGGUCAGUGAAGCUGUGCUAGCAGUUAAUCUACUUAUUGGAAAGAAGAAUGCUAGAACUGAUAAAGUCAGCCAAGGGGCCUUACCAAAUAUCCCCGAAUUUGCCACUGUGGAUCUUUUGUCUUCAUAUACAGAUUAUUUGCUUGAUAACUACCAAGUGGUGUUCCAGACUGCCUGUACAUUUUCUUAUCAAAAUGAUGGCAUGUGUGACAACACAGAUGCUAGAAAAAAGACUCCGACUAAAGUGGAUAUUACGUGGAUUCUUCUACUGCGCUACUAUAUUCAUCUGCAAAGGAUUAAUAAUAUGAGCAAAUUGCUAGCAUCUCCAAAGCCAGGAUCUGGAAUUUCUUUGCCAGAUGAUACACUUCUCACAUCCCUUUUCAACUCUGGGCUGAUAUUGCGCCAAAAGGAAAUGCAUUUUUUCCUUAAAAGAUUUUUACAGCUGUAUUCUUCCUCUUGUAUUGAUGAAUUUCCAAAAGAACUAUGUCAAGGAGUGGAAACUACAUUUUUCUCAGAAAAAACCUUAUAUAACUCAGUCAAGUUAUGUCAUGACAGUACUCUAUACUCUGAUUCAUCAUUAAAGCUCUCUGCCAGCCCAUCUUCAGGAGAUGUGUCAUCAGAUAUGAACAUACAAGAUUUAAACAAAGAACUUUGCUUUCAAUGGUACAUUCCUCCUCUAGAAAGACCCCCAAAGGAAACAGAACCUAUGGUUUUAUUGUUGUAUGCAUAUAACAUGAGGCCCCAGAAUAUUUCAGAUGCUGUGCCUAAUAGCACUUCUAGCGAUGUCUAUGUUGGCUCUUUCUGGGUUCCACUGAACAGGGUUGUUUCAAUUCAUGAGAAACUAUCUAAUCUUACACAAAUAGCUGAAAUAUCAUUGCCAACAACUCCUGAAAUUACUUCAGAUGAAAACGUAUCCGAAAUGCAAGAAAUGGAAGAGAAAUCAGUUGAUAAGGAAAUGGAAAACAUGAUUAUUGAAUGUUGCUCUGAAAUAAUAAAUCUAUUUUUGACUGAUAGAGAUACAACACCAUUGUCUGAGCCGCCCUUGCCUUCCUGGACAUGGAGUGGAAAAUGCCAACGGCGGUCAAGGCAAGAGAAGAGUACUAGCGAGGCAGCUGACCGCGUGCCAGAGGCUUGGUGGAUUGCGGCAGCCAUGAAUUUACCUCAUAAUAGAUCCCGAAACUCCUUCCUUCUACUCUGAGAAAGCACCAGGAUGGCCUGAUGUCUGCCAUUGUUUCUCAAGCCCCAGCUGCACAAAAAAUAGUUUACUAAUGCAAUAUGUUUUCUUAAAUAUAGCUUGAAUUUAGUGUAAAAAAAAUCCUUAAUGACAGUUAAGUUCUAAUGACUUCCACUGCAUUAUUUAUGUACAUCAUGUGACUUCCUUUUCACACAGUUGAAUUUAGUGUACACAUGGUCUCUUAUUUCUGAUUCUUAAAAUGAUCAUUUUUUAAUGUUUAUGAUUAGAUAUUGACAUCAACCACAUGGUGGCCACUAAAAUGAUCAUUAUCUUUAGGCAGGUUUGGGUAAGAAGUAUAGGGAGGGCAGAAGAAUAGGUAGAGGGAGACACAGAGUCAGAUAUAUUAACCUCUCUUAGUUUAGUCAUUAGCAUCUUUCAUUUUAUGUCUGAGGGUAUUGAUUCUAUCAUGUGGCCACCUAUACCAUAUGACCCCUUAUGAUUUCAUGGCCCUGGCCAUCAGCUGGAGGAUCAUUCCACAAUGCUAGCUAGCAUCUUAUCUUUUUCUGGGUUAUCGUGUUAAAUGGGAAAUAACACAUGUAAUCUGUUAACCUAACUCAGACUGCCUUCUUGUUAUCACUGCCUCUCAAACCCAUGGCUUAGAUCUCUGUGCUUAGUUUUUACCAAAAUAAGUUCUAAUGAUGUGCUUCCAUAUUUGUCUCCCCUACUAGAGCAGAUUGGGUCUUAUAUAAUAAGAUUGGAUCUUAUUACACUUCUAUUCUCACUGCCUUGCCCAAUGCUGGUUCUCAUGAAGGUGUUCAAUAAAUGCUUUGUUAAAUCAAUGAAUGUUCUUGAUACAUCUUCCAGAGAUCCCCCUGGGUUGAAAUCUGGACAUUAUCAGUGACUCUGAGCUCAUCAACUCCAUGCAUUUGAAUAGUAGACAUUUGUCAAGUGCUUUCUCUGUGCCAGACAUUGGGCUAGACUUUGGGAUACAAAAGUAAAAACCAGAGUCCCUGCCUUCAGUUUAGCAGGAGAAACAGACAAAUACAGAAGUAAUUACAGUACAGGGUAAAACGGAGGCCUGGGGGCCAGACACCCCUCCCUCAGUAAUAAUAUCAGUUAAUAUUCUGGUAUUAUCCUGGCAUAAUUCUGAAGGUGAGAAAUUCCCUGUGGUGUCUUUUGAGAAGGGUUCAAUAGUUCCCUAUAAGAAAUCAAGUUAGUAGAAGCUCCUGUGGCCCAUGGUUAGGAGUUUUAAUUACUUUGGAAAAUGAUCGGAAGGCAGUAGAGAAUCCUUAGGUAGAUAUAAACAUGAUCAAGGGUGCCUGUGAAAGCCUCUUCCUCUGAUUAGGAAGACCUUUGAAAGAAGAGGCAGUAAACCCAAGUCCUCAUUUUGGCAGCAGACUCAGAGGUAAGAGCAUGAUUUUAUGGCUUUGUUCAUGGGGAUGGAAAGAACAGAACAAAUCCCAAAAGCCCUGGAUACAAAAAUAAAGACAAUAGUUUUUUUGUUUUUUUUUUAAAGUCAACUCAGUUACAAGCUGCAGCUGAGUACAUGGCACCAUGCUGGCUCCGCUGGAGCACUCAGAAGUGAGAAAGACAAAGUCCUUGUCCCAAAGAGGCUGACAGUCUAGAAAGGAGGAGUAAGGCUAAUGCUUCAUGAAGACAACAGCUGUGGCUUUAAAAUGGAGGAUUGUUUUGCAUAAAAGGGGGAGGGGGAGGGAAGAGGUAACAGAGCUUAAAAGACCUGCCCAAAGUCACCACAGCUGGUAACUGUCCCAGCCAAGACCAGCAGACUCCAGAGCCUGUUCCCGGACCAUUAUCAUGACACUGAAGCCAGCAGUGUCCCACUUUUUCAAUUUGGGUGCUCUUGGCCUUUCAGAGGGAGGGGCUGGAUCGAGGGAGAGUUAGAGUCAGCGUUUGGGAAGUGGUGCACGCGGUGGCUUGUGCAGAGGCUUGCCUGCGAGUGCAGCUGCCUGGUUCCAAAUCCCAGCCCAGCUCUGAUAUUUGCUAGUUGUGUAAACUUGGGAAAGUUGUUUAACCUCAGGGCUUCAGUUUCCCUAUUUGUAAAAUGAGAAUAAAAAUAGUACUUACCUCAUAGGUUUGUUGUGUGGAUUUGAAGAGUCAAUCCAUGUAAACUCUCAGAACAGUGCCAGGCACAAUCCUAAACAAAACAUUGUUAUCAUCAUCGAAGAGCUAUCUGAGUUCCCUUGCAGUUAGUUCCCUUGCUCCCCUGUAAGUAGGGGAGCAGCUCUAGUGGACCGGCAACAUGCCUGAGAUGAAGCCUCUGAGUACAUUCCCGAAAGAGAGGCUGAAAGGGAAGCUGCGGUAAUUCCGGUGCUGGGAAUGGCUGCAUGCAUCACUUUUAACCACAUACAUUUCCCAUUUUCAUUGUUCCAGUUACUGUUGUUCUAUAACAAAGCACCCCAAACUUAGUGGCAUAAAACGACUACCAUUUCACUGAAAUGCCAGUCACAUGUUUGCAAAGGACCUAACAGGACAAUUGGUCUCCGCUCCAUGAUACCUGGGGCAUCAGCUGGAUAGACCUGAAGGUUGGGGAUGAUUCAGAUUCCGAGGGCUGGGAUCCCUGAAGGCUCAAAGGCGAGUUUGGUCUGGUGUUUGACGCUGGCUGUUGACUAUGGGGCUGGGAAUGCAGAUUGGACUGUGGGCCGGAACAUGACACGUGACCUCAGUGUGCCCGGUUGGGCCUCGGCGCAGUGUAGUGUCUGGGUUUCAAGAACGAGCCUUCCAAAAGAAUCAGGCAGAAGCUCUAUCACUGUUUAUGCCCUAGCUUUUAAAGUUACAUAAUGGCUUUUCCCUGCGAGUCCCAAAUCCACCCGGAUCCAAGAUUGGACACAGAUUCCACCUCCUGGUGGGAGGAGUGUUAAUAUCAAAUUAUAAGAAGGGCAUGUGGGUCGGGAGCUAUUGUUGCAACCAUUUUGGGAAAAUGCAAUCUGCCACGACAUCCAGUAAAGCUCUCCCAAUUUGUGGGCCUCUUCCUACUCUGAGCAGAGGCCGCUCCUGGCAACUCAGGCAAUUUUUAAAAUUAGUCAGCAACUCUCCCCAAAGAUGCUCGGUAACUGUCCUGAAGUUGCUGAGUGUGUUUAUACCGAGGAUAACCUAGGUGGGUUCUCAGAGCAGCCUUUGAAGUGAUCUGGGAGGUUUUUCUGGAUCGUAGGCGGGGUUAUAUAGUCCCAAUUUAUGUGGGAGAGCCUCUACUUCCCAUUUUUUAGGCUGUUAAAUCCUAGAGGGUGAUGCUAAGCUAUUUAAUUUCCUUCAGCUAAUUUUAUUACAUUACCGUGUGCCUCUUGGUUUCUUUUUAGCAUAACUUUCCAAAUGGUGGCAAUAACAAUACUCUCUUUAAAAUGUCGCUUACAGCAUUGGGCUUAAGGUUUCACAUAUUCUAGGGUAGGUGUUUACUAAGUAUUUAAAAUUUAAUUUUACUAAUAUUAUAAUUGGUUAAGUUGAGAGUUGCAGGUUUUCUUUUCUUUUCUUUUCUUUUCUUUUCUUUUCUUUUCCUUUUUUUUUUCUUACCCGCCAAAAGCUGUCUGAAUAGAUUUUAUGGGCAUCUAGAAUUACAUCUUUCUUCUGUGAGACAUUAUCAUUCUGUCCUCAAGUGAAGAGUCUCCUUUGUGUUUAAGUUCAUGAGACAUCCACUUAAUAUUCUUAUAUUCUUUUGAAGACAAUGCCAGAUGACAUCAGUUCCACACUGCUUUUAAAACACAGCCCUGACUUUGAUUCCAUCCUCUCACUGUUCACUUCUAGCUGUCAAAUUUGGCUAAGGGAAAAAGAAAGCCCUUAAGAAAAGGCCAGGCUAUUAAUGUGCUCUUCAAAAUGCUAAGAAAAGGCUAAGCUGUUUAUAGCAUUUUCAAAAUGCUCAUCUCUCAGAGAUUUGCCAGCAAUAGUGUCAAGGUGAAAUACGCUCUCGCUCAUCAUGGAACCGAGAGCCUUUGUGCUAUCUGUGCUCAAAGUGCUGGUCCUACUCUUGUUAGACGCGCAAUUUGCUGGUAUAAUGAUACUUGGAUAUAAUUUAAACCAAAAUAUAAUCGCGAACCUGAUAUUGUGUGUUUACCAUCUAAGUGGCAAGAAGUGUGUAGAUUGCUGCAUCGAGCAAGCCCGGCUUCAUUCAGGAUAGAAGAGCAGUUCAGAACCAAAGGGACGGCUUCCUGAAGUUUAGUCAUUCUGGAGAACUUCGAAGGAGGUGAAAGGCAGGGGUCCCAUUAGCAAAUCUGUCUAUUGCUUUUCAAUGUGCUGAAAACUGAGUUAAACAUUUAGUUUCAUUUACUUCAUUCAUUUUGCUAAAUGGUUUUGUCUUGAUUAACAAACUGUGCCCUUAACAAUGGGAUUAUCUUUUCAUGUCAGGAGGGUAUUGACCUUUGCCUCAUAUAGCUGAGUCAGUUGGCAAGCUUUGGAAAUUCUCUGCACAAAUGUUCUUUAUAUUAAAAUAAAUCCGCGAAGAAGGAGCAGGUGUAAAUUUACCCAUUUCCCUCGUCAAUACUUUGGACACUAGCCAUUCGAGAGUUUUGCUCUCAUUCUGCCUACAUCUCAGGCAGCUAACGCCUUUACGUUCUUUUCUGAACCACCUGUGAGAACACGGUAUGGUAGGAAGAGUGAACCCUUGUGGACAAGUCACCCACCUGUUGCAGUCUGCUGAAGGUCUCAGAAGCAGUGUAUCGGCGGAUAAAAACAUGAUUUAAUUCUUGGUUCCACCGUCUAUUGACUGUAUGUAUGGCUGUGAGCAAGUUACUUUAUAUCUGUGUGCUUCAGUUCCUGGUCUGUACAUUCUCCUCAUGGAGAAUCACAUUAGAAAAGCACGCAACACAUUUGGUAUAGUGUCAGUGUAAUGCCGUUGGUAAGUAUUCAGUACCCUGUGCUCGUCUUUAUCUUUUCCAGCCUUAAAUAGUGUGAAAUGAGGCUCAGGUUACUUGACCAUUAGAAACUACCUUCAUUAGUGGCUUUUGGCCUACCUAAAUAUUUGCUAAUUUUCAACAGAGAAAUUAGACAUUUAAUAAAUGUAUUAUUCAUAUUAUUUUUCCAUCCUUUUUAAUUAAACUUUUUAUUUUGAGAUAAUUAUAGAUUCACUUGCAAUUAUAAGAGAUAAUAUAGAGAGAUCCUGUGUACCUUUUAGCCAGCUUUUUCCCAGUGGUAACAUCUUUCAAAACUGUAGUGCAAUAUCACCACCAGGAUGCUGACAUUAAUAGUCAGGAUACAGAACAAUUUUGUCACUACAAGGACCCCUCUUGUCCUCUGAUAGAUACCUCACUUCCUACCCCCCACCACUGUCCCUAAUUUCUGACAAUUACUAAUCUGGUCUCCGUUUCUACAAUCUUGUCAUUUUAAGAAUGUUAGAUAAAAGGAACCAUACAGUAUGUAACCUUCAGGGGUGUCAUUUUUUUCACUCGGUAUAAUCCCCCAGAGAGCUGUUAAACUAUACCUUGAUGAACCAAAACAUUCUUAUGAACAUCGGCACAUUUUAUUUUAGCCAUGGAAUUACCAUUAGUCAACAGUGCCUGCUGCGAUACCCGGCACAUACCACUGGCACACGUUCAGGGAAGCUCGGGGCUGGAUUUUCACUCCAUCUCCUUCCAUCCUUCCUCCUCCUCCUAUCUGGCCUUUUCCUCUUUCCUUGCCCCCUUCUUCUGAGCACACUCUUACUAAUAUUGACAAACAAAGGCUAAAUACUCAACUUAGGCAUUUGAAAAAGAGUUCAGUGAAAUGAUUUAAUGUGAAAAUCCUUCAUAAAUUGCAAACUCUGUUAGACUUUCUAUCAGAAAUCGCUGGUCAGUGUUGGCCACGGUGUUAAGAGUGGUUUGCAGCGGCUUGCUGUAUAUGCUGAUAAAUGAAUAAAGAAGUCAGCGUGAGCAGUUUUUCUUUCCACACCAUGCACAAGAGGUCUGCCCUCCAGUUUGCUACUGCAAGUGGAAGCUACUAACUACCAAAGCUUGUCAUGCUUUGGUUCUAAGCAACAAAGUCCCAGGAACAAAAUGCAAACUUCAGGUCACGUUCUUUAUUAAGCCUUUGUUCUAAAAAAGAGCCUCGUGUUUCUAGUUUCCAGGCUAUAAGCCCAGUGAUCUCUUUCAUAAAAAAGCAUCAAGACUUGCCAAGUAUUGUUGCAACUCUGGGGUUUUCACUUCUGUGUCCCAGGUCAGAAGCCCACAGGCAGACUGGACACAGCCCUUCAGGAGGGAGCCCAGCUUCAGGAUACCCAGUUACAGCCUUUCUUUGCUGCUGAGAUUCAAAGUCCUGACCUUUAAGUGGAGUUAAACCCUCACUCUGAUGGAAUUCUCCCUGUGUAUACUAUAAGGGGAGGACAAACUUGCUAGAGCAUGGGUGUUUUAGACAGGAUGGGGCAGGGGUUGCUGUGCUGACAAAUAAACCCCAAAUCUCAGUGGCGAUAAAGGUUCAUUUCUUUUUCAAACAAAGUUCAGUGAGGGUUGGGCGACUCUCCUUCUACAUGUAGCUAUUCUGUCUGGACUACAUGGGCUCCAACAUCACCAUUGCAGGGGAAGAAGACUGGAGGACUUCCCCAGAGGUUUUUAAGUAGGGUGGCCAUUCAUCUCUGCUGGCCUGCGGCGGUCAUAACGUAUACCUGUUGAUUCGGAAUAAUGCUUAAGAAACUUUCCUCUUAUUUACUUUUAUUCUCCUUUUAUUUCCUUUUUCCUUUUACUCCUUAUUUAUGUCCUAGCUUAGGCAAUAAAUUAAGGUGACCAUUUCCAAGAGCCAGUAUGGAAUGGCUAUCAUAAUUUCCAUUCAUAGCAUGUUAACUUCAACCUGAUGUGCAAGGGUGUGGAAAAUUGUAGAGAAACCAGUACAUAUUAUAGUGAACACUGAUGACUUCUGGAACAAUAGUCAUUUUACAAGAAUGCCAUGAAUUUUGACUGAUUGAUUGAUUGAUUGAUUGUUUUAAUUCCGGUAUAGAAUUAUGCAGUGGUAUAUUCGUUUCAGGAGUUCAAGAUAGUGACUCAACAGUUCUAUACAUUGCUCAGUGCUCGUCAUAAGCGUACUCUUAAUCCCCUUGACCUACUUCACGCAUUCCCCCCCCACCUCCCUUCUGGUAACCAUCAGUUUGUUCUCUAUGGUUAAGA